GUACUUCCUGUAGCCUGAGUCCUGUUGGUUCAUCUAGUCAUGGGUCUGUGUCCAGUGGGUCCCUUGUCAGUCGGUCACCUGUAGAAUUUCCUGAUACUGCUGAUUUUCUUACUAAGCCAAGUGUUAAUUUACAUAAACCUCCGGGAUAUACAUUUAAUUCUCUAGAUUUUCAGCAACAAGUUAAAGCUUCUACAAGCUAUACUUGUAACAGCUGUGGACAUCAGCUUCUCAAGCAUGUUUCAACAUCACUGUCAGAGUCUAGUCCAGAAUAUCAAGGCAGAAUAUCAGGUAAAGAUGGAACCACUGGUAUUUCAAAAGAGUCAGUCCACCAUACAGAAGGAUGGAAAGAUGAAAGAAAAGAAAGCAGAGACUGCAGAAAAAAGUUGAUAGAAAGUGACAAUCAGCAAAUGGCUCAAACACAGAAUAACCAGCAAUCUGAUAUGGAACAGGAUCCUUCAUUAGAACUGAUUGUAACAGAAGAUCAUGAAUCAUUAAUAGAGAAGAUGAACAAUUGGAAUUUCCAAAUUUUUGAUGUAGUGCGAAAAAUGGGAGACAAAUCUGGAAGGAUCCUUAGCCAGGUGACAUACACCUUGUUCCAAGACACUGGCUUGUUUGAAAUUUUCAAAAUUCCAACACAGGAAUUCUUGAAUUACUUUUGUGCACUGGAAAAUGGCUACCGAGAUAUUCCCUAUCACAAUCGUGUACAUGCCACAGAUGUUCUUCAUGCAGUAUGGUAUCUCACAACACGGCCCAUUCCUGGGUUUCAGCAAAUUCACAGUGAUCAUAUAAUGGAAAGUGACAUGGAUGCAGAGAGUGAUAUUGCCCCUGAUCGAGUCAGUUAUAUUUCUUCAAAGAGCUGCUCUAUUGUUGAUGACAACUAUGGAUGCAUGGCAUCAAACAUUCCUGCCCUGGAGUUGAUGGCUCUGUAUGUAGCAGCUGCCAUGCAUGAUUAUGAUCAUCCAGGUCGUACAAAUGCUUUUCUAGUUGCUACAAAUGCACCUCAGGCUGUGCUCUACAAUGACAGAUCAGUCCUAGAAAACCAUCAUGCUGCUUCUGCAUGGAAUCUCUUUUUAUCUCGACCAGAAUACAACUUUCUACCUAAUCUUGAUCAUGUAGAAUUCAAACGGUUUCGUUUCUUAGUGAUCGAAGCAAUCCUCGCAACAGAUCUCAAGAAACAUUUUGAUUUCCUUGCUGAAUUUAAUGCCAAGGUCAAUGAUAUAAACAGUCACGGUAUAGAAUGGAACAAUGAGAAUGACCGCCUGCUCGUUUGUCAAAUAUGCAUCAAAUUGGCAGAUAUUAACGGCCCAGCAAAAGUUAGAGAUCUGCACCUGAAAUGGACAGAAGGCAUUGUUAAUGAAUUUUAUGAGCAGGGUGAUGAAGAAGCAAGCCUUGGAUUACCUAUCAGCCCCUUCAUGGACCGUUCUUCUCCUCAACUUGCAAAAUUACAAGAAUCUUUUAUUACUCACAUAGUUGGCCCCCUUUGUAAUUCCUGUGAUGCAGCUGGCUUGCUUCCAGGCCGAUGGCUUGAUGCAGAGGAGGAUGAUAUAGAAAGUGCUGAAGAUGAAAAUGGAGAAGAAAUGGAGAGUGAAGAUGAAGAAAUGGAAGAUGAUUUUGGUCAAAAACUACAAAGAAAAAAAGGCAGAAGGCGAAUAUUUUGCCAGCUAAUGCACCAUCUGAGUGAAAAUCACAAAAUAUGGAAGAAUGUGAUGGAAGAAGAAGAAAAAAAUAAAGCUGAAGGGAGUAAACUGCAGCCAGAUAACUCAUCCUUACCUCAAACAGAUGAAAUUCAGGUUAUUGAGGAAGCAGAUGAAGAAGAGGAACGACAGCUAGGAGAGGAGAAAUCAUGUUGAGAAGAUUUCAGACUGAUGUACAAUACAAUAGCAGAAAGCAUAUAUUCAGUUUUUACUGUGCUGACUGUGGACUAACACAGUUAACAUGCAGUUGAAAGGCCUUAAUACUGUGAGAGGAUUCUUGCUGCUCUAGCAGAAUCCCACUCCUAUGCACUUUCACCACAUGGAAUAUAAAACUUUUAUUCAAAGAUUGACUAUUGUAUACCAUGAUGCAAAGUUCUCCCUGCCCUUCUUGGUGUACAAAUACCUUAAUAUAAUGCUGCCUUGCUGAAUUCAGAGCUCUUAUUUUCCAUGAGGUACCUCCAGUUCUAAAAAAAAUUUCAGUGACUUCAUUUACCAAAGUGGCCAGAACUUUUUGCUUAUGUGGAAAUGUUGGGUAGAUCCUAAUAAUAUUUUGAGAUUUGUACUUCAUGUUAUUUUUGAACAUGAAUAUAAAAAGAAAGUCUGUGCCUGUAUGAAAACCAAUAUUAAUGUUGCAGUACAAACCUGAUUGGGGGUCUUUACUCAGUGCAAUUGUUUACCUAAUGCAGUUAUCUCAGAUUGGUUUAACCAUUUGAUGACUGUGAAACAAAAGCUAAAUUCUAAUUUUUGUGGUUUAAAAAAAUCCCAGGUGCAUCUGUUUCUGAUGCUUUUUACUGUUGUGCAUAAUAUGCCAUUUUUAUUUUUGCUGAAAAUAUUCAGGUUUGCAAUGGGUAUUCAUGACAGUUGUUGAAUACAAGGCUCUCAUUAUAUAUUGCCUUGCUGUUCUGUGGUAGAACAUUAUAAAAACUGUUCAAUUAUUUUAAUUAUGAAGGGAUUUUAUUUUUAGUCAAUAAUGCUAUAUGCUCCACUCUUACUCAGGAUUCAUGUUAAAAAAAAUGUUAAUUUACCACACAGCAGAUUUUAUAUAAUUUAAAAUCCUGCACCAAUGUUAGAUGUUAAUUUUUUGAGGAAAAUAAGAUCAUAAUUCAUUUAUUCUUUGUAUGUAAAACUUCAGGAGAAUUAAAGUUUUGGUUUGUUUGUUUUUUUUUUAAAAAAAAGCUAUUGUUUCAAAACGGCAAGUGUUCCCAGCCCCUAUAAAUCAUGCAUAGAUACAUACCACAAAACAUAGUGUAAACCACUCAUGCUAGAGAUAAAGAACUUAAAAACUUUUUACUACUGUUUUGAAAGAACAUGCAUACAUUGAAUAAAGAAUGUAUUACAGUGUUGUCAUUGGAACGUCACUAUCUCUAUAUGUCCCAUAUUUUAGUGCACUUUAAUCUUUCAUUUUCCAUAAUACACACAUCAUAUAUUUCCUUUAAUCAGAUGUACAUCGUGGCCAGUACAUAUAGAAUGCAGAACAUGACUACUAUGUAUUUGUAAUACCCCACAGCAGUGUAAAUACAGUUACUGUGUACAGAAUACAUAGGGGUUUAGGUUUUUAAGUGAGAAGUCUAAACAUUUCACAGAAGUUAUCAAGACAAGUAUCAUUGUGAGGAUAAUUGCAAAAAAACUGCAUAAACUAGUUAGGCUGCAAAUAUGUAAUUUUCUUAUGCAAACAGUAAACUACACUAAUUUUAAAUGAGUACCUUUUAAUACCAAACAAAUCUUUACAUUCUGCACAGUGAAUAAAUUCAGACAUUUGUUUUUGUUAAUCUUGCAGACUGUAUCUAAAUUUAUCUGUGAUUAUACCUUCAUCUCAACUGGGUAAAAAAAUGUAAUCUUCUUAAGAUAAACUUAGUGUAAACCAUUAUGUUAUACAUUACAUUGUUAUGAUUUUUAAUCUAAUUUUGUACAAUUGGCCAGUCUAAAUUACUAGAAAUGGGAGCUCUGAGUUGUUUUUGUCUCAGACACUUGUGUUAUUUAUUAUAGAGAGCCAGUGUCAAAUUCCCCUGCUACUGCCAUCAUUGGUACCACCACAUCUUUUGUAACACCUAAGCAGUGUUCCCACCAAAUAUUUCUGCUGGUAAUAAAAUUUAGAAAAUGUAAGUUGA